CGGCGCAGUCACGUGGCUACCGCGGGUUGGUUUCCAAACUUUUACCACCAUAAGAGGCAUCCCAGUGACCACAACACCAUGCUAUCAACCACACCGCUGGACGGCGAGUCUACCCCUACGAAUACCGCGCUAAACCCCAUCUGUCCUACGUUUCCACUCACUACGUCGGUGGUGGCACCUUCGCAUGCGUCCACCACGACGGCCACGCGCUCUCGGCGUCUCCCUCCCGGCGCGGUUCACUGGCCAAAUCUUGGCGAUUCGUUGAAGUGUCAGGUCAAGCGAGGCCUCACCAAAGCCUACCAGUCGAUCUUGGAGCUCCAAGCUGAAGGUCUCAUCCACCUGUCGAUGACCAAGUCCAUGGACGCUGCUGCCAUUGCGCACAUCGAAGCCCAUCACAAGGAUGUCACAGCCAGUCUCCAGGCGGUCGUCGCCGAUACGCUGUCACAUACCAACGCCACCGUGGACAACACCAUCGUGACCCUGCAGACCGAGUACGACGCCCAACGACGUGUGGUGUUUGACGAGAUCAACGCGCACAAGCUCACGACGGACCUAGCCCUCAAGCGGACGCGGGUGGCCAUGGCCAAAGAAACGCACAGAUUCACGAGCCUCGAGACGUGUCUUCGACGGGACGAGAUGCACGUGCUGGAGUCACAGCAUCAAGCGCGCAUCCAAUCCCUAAGGGACGAGAUGGCAGCCAAGGAUGCUGCCCACGUGGACAUAUUGCUGCGUCAGAAAUCUGCGUUCGUCGACAUCGAACGCUUCAGCCAGAAACUGCAAACUGCCCUCGACGAUGCGUUGCUAGAAGUCGAGCGCGUGAAAAAGCUAGACCACCAGCGCUACACCAACAACACUGCCGUGAGCACCAUCUCCGAGUCGUAUGUGACAUCGUUGCGCCAUGCGGUCGCGGCCGCGAACGAGCACACGGAACAGAUGCGAGUGGAGCUGGAGCAACAGACCAAGGCAAACGAAACCCUCGAGCGCGUCAAGGCGGCGCUAGACGACUCGGUGGGGCGGUUAACCCAUGAGCUCAAGACGGCGCGAGACCUUCUGGCAGAGUCGGCGCGCGAAUUGAUUUCGCUGCAAGAGAUUCAAGCGACCACGGCCAAGGACCUCGCCGGUUGCCGCGUGACUAUCCAAGACUUCAAAAAUCGUGCGGACAAGCUCACCAAUGAACUCAACGCCCAGACAGACCUCGUGUUGACGUGCGACGACUGCGUUGCGGACCUGAAAACCCAGCUGGAAAGUCAUACCAAACAUGUCGAGCGUAUCACCGCCGAACAUGCACUUGCGAGGGAGGUGUGGGUAGCCGAGACGGCGCAGCUCCGAGAUAGUCGCGCGUCCGACGCCGCUACGAUCGACAAGUUGUAUGGGAAGUUGGCUUUGUUGGGCUAUGACAAGGACAUGUUGGACAUGUACGCGUCACCCAGGAGUGUCACCACCAGUCCGAUACCCCCCACAGGUGCAAGCCAUCCCCCCACGGGGGCUGCUCCUACUAUCCACGUAACCACUGGCCGCCCGCCCAUGACCUCGAUCGUGGCGGUGGGCAGACGAUGCCAAGGGGUCACCGCCAGUCGCGAUUCCAAUCACUACGAUGGCCUCGUCCAAGUCCUGCAGCGCGAACAGAUUGACCUUGCCGACGACAAGGCGCAGCGACUGUUCGACCUUGAAGCGUCCAUUCGAGCGAGUGUGACCAGCCAGCUCACGUACGAGUUCAAGCGCACGUUUUCCAAACAGUUGCGCCAACGCAUGCAGCAGGAGCGGUUCUUUCUCAUGGAAAAGAUCGACAGCAUCGUCGCCAUGGCGGCCGUUGAGGAGCGCGCGGCCAAGCGACUCUUAGCAAAGCAAGCCAAAGCGGUGGGCCGACGUGUGUCGCUGCGGGGGGUCCCAGAGACGACCAUGACAUUGCGAAAGGUCAAGGCCACGAUCACCCAAGCUUACGAUGCGAUGGGUGUGAUUGAGUGGAACGGGGAAGACGUGGCCGAGAUGAAGCGAGAAGUGGCGGCCUUGACCAAGGACAACGCCGACCUCGCGGCCGCCGUCGCGGACUUGGAAAGCAAAGUGGAGAUCCAACUGUUGAGUUUGGCCGAAGCCGAGUUGUUUCAAAAGGAGCGCGAUAUGCUGUUGGUGGAACUAACCAAAAAGUUUAACGCAGUGACAGGCGAAGUCGCCACGUUGAAGCGAGAAAACAAAGCGUAUGAUGGGGGAGACAGUGGUAGUAACAACCAGCAUCACGUCGACGAAGCCACGUACAACAUGCCCCUGUCCGUGCAAGGCCACUUCCCGCACAUGGACCGCCGCCCCGUCAAAUCGACGACCUCCCUUUCCACCAGGCCCCAGUCGGCCGCUGCUGCAUGCUGCCCGACGCCAACCCCCAAAAGCACCCCCCCCCUCGUCUCAAACAGUGUAGCAGUGAAAACGCAGAGACCUGCCACGUCGAUAUCGACCAAGAAGCAUCCGCAGCUACCGUUGGCUCACAAGCACCAGCUUCGACCAAACCAAGACCAACACCCGAAACGACCCCCUGAGCACGUUCGCAGUGCGUUGAAGUGGGAGCUGUUGGGCGAUAAACACAGCGAAGGUCCGACGAAGGACGUCGUUGUCUCGAGUGCAUGGGUGGGCGAGGCAGGGAUGAAAACCAUCCUCGACCGUCGACGGCAUCGAAAGUAACGACGAACGACGCCGUGUCGACAAGAGGAAGGAAUAUCUUGCGUCGAAUGCACUGGAUCUUCGUACCUGUUGUGUACUCCGUUGUGUAUAUACCCUUUUCAACUUGCGACACCACCAUGUACAGUAUACUUUGUA